UUGCCGUAAUUACAGGGCCAGAAGCAACGCCUUGUUGAAAGAAAGGGGAGCUAGAAAGUUUGAGAUUUUUGGGGGAUCAACUGGGUGGCCACGUGGGUCUACCUACCGGAUAGAAGGUGAACAGAGGGCCAACUUCAGCUGGGGUCCAAGCGUGUGCCUUUGAGUCCUCAAAGCUCAAACUCAGAGGGAGAGAGAGAGGGAUGGAAAGACAGAGGGAAAGUAGUCGCGGCACACAGAUUAGGUGGCCUGGGGAAGACCGUAACCGUGGUUUCCUCUGGUUAAGUCCCUCCUUUUCCUUUUAAUGGUUAAGUCGGAUUUUGAGAGCCUACAGGUCCCUGGUACGGUAUCGAUGGUGCCCACGUGGAGUGGUGCGUCGGAGAGGCGCAAACAUGAAAGAAAACAAGCGGACAUCGAACCAGUUUUUUGUACUAUCUGUUAGGCAAUCGAAGUCUCAAGAAUCCCCUCUUUCCUCGCUUUCUUUCUUCUCUCGUCUCUCCCGUUGCUAUCAUACUGUGGGGUGUUUGGCGACUGCAGCCGCAGGCAGAAGCGCUACCUGCUUGCUUAAUGUUCUCAUGGAUUGAGGCAUUCUACACAUCAUUCUCCAAGGUGUUGUUUGCUUCUUUCGGUGAAACAUGUCUUCUUCCAGGCCCAGCCAAUCUUCCAGUAGUUCGAGUAGGACAAGGAGGUCUGCUAGAAUAAUUGCUCAGACCACUGUUGAUGCCGAUCUACAUGCCGACUUUGAGGAGUCUGGUAGUUCCUUUGAUUACUCCAGAUCCGUUGCCGCCACUAGGACUGUUUCCGUUGAUCAAGCUAGGUCCGAGAAGGUAACAGCAUACCUUCAGAACAUACAGAAGGGAAAACUGAUUCAGCCAUUUGGGUGCUUGUUGGUUUUGGAUGAGAAGAGCUUCCGGGUCAUUGCGUAUAGCGAGAAUGCUGCUGAGAUGUUAACAAUGUCUAGCCAUGCCGUCCCUAGUGUUGGCGAUCUCCCUGUCCUGGGAAUUGGCACAGAUUUAAGAUCGAUUUUUACAUCCACUAGCGUCGCAUCACUGCAAAAGGCGGCAGGUUUUGCCGAAGUUUCCCUGUUAAACCCCAUUCUGGUUCACUGUAAAUCCUCCGGUAAACCUUUCUACGCCAUUGUGCACAGAGUCGUCUCUGGACUUGUUAUGGAUUUUGAGCCUGUCAAACCAUCUGAGCUGCCUAUCACUGCUGCUGGAGCUCUUCAGUCUUAUAAGCUAGCAGCAAAGGCCAUAGCUCGCUUGCAGUCAUUGCCAGGUGGAAGUAUCAGUAGACUUUGUGACACUGUGGUUGAGGAGGUUCAUCAGCUCACUGGCUAUGACCGUGUCAUGACAUAUAAAUUUCAUGAAGAUGAUCAUGGUGAGGUUGUGUCGGAGAUAAGGAAACCUGACUUAGAACCAUACUUGGGCCUGCACUAUCCUGCUACCGAUAUUCCGCAGGCUGCCAGGUUCUUGUUUAUGAAGAACAAGGUCCGGAUGAUAUGUGAUUGCCGUGCCAAACCAGUGAAGGUGUAUCAAGAUGAGAACCUGCAAACGGAUCUGACACUAUGUGGCUCGACCUUGAGGGCCCCCCACAGCUGUCAUUUACAAUAUAUGGAAAACAUGAGUUCUAUUGCAUCGCUGGUCAUGGCAGUGGUUAUCAAUGAAGGGGAAGAUGAGGGGGAAGAUGAAACUGAGCCUAACCAAAGGUCGCAGCAGCAGAAGAGAAAGAGGCUCUGGGGACUGGUGGUCUGCCACAAUACUAGCCCAAGGUUUGUCCCUUUUCCUCUGAGAUAUGCUUGUGAGUUUCUGAUGCAAGUUUUUGCUAUUCAUGUAAACAAGGAGGUUGAAUUGGAAAACCAGAUGCGUGAGAAGAACAUCCUUCGGACACAGACAUUGCUCUGUGAUAUGCUUCUCAGGGAUGCUCCUUUGGGAAUAGUGUCUCAGACCCCUAACGUGAUGGAUCUUGUAAAAUGUGAUGGUGCUGCGCUUUUGUAUGGCAGUAAACUUUAUCUGCUUGGUCGGACACCUACUGAAUCUCAGAUACGCGAUAUUGCCGUUUGGCUUUCAGAAUAUCACAAGGAUUCUACUGGUUUGAGUACAGAUAGUCUUUAUGAAGCAGGAUAUCCAGGUGCACUUGCAAUUGGCAGCAUUGUCUGUGGAAUGGCUGCUGUUAGGAUUACCGCCAAUGACAUGCUGUUCUGGUUCAGAUCUCAUACUGCCUCUGAAAUCCGAUGGGGUGGUGCAAAACAUGAUCCUGAGGAAAAGGAUGAUGGAAGGAGGAUGCACCCCAGAUCCUCGUUCAAAGCAUUCCUCGAGGUUGUUAAAACUAGGAGUUUGCCAUGGAAGGAUUUUGAGAUGGAUGCCAUCCAUUCUCUUCAGCUGAUCCUUCGCGGAUCCUUUAAGGAAGUACAAAUUACUGGUACGGAGAACAUUAUUCAUUCUCGAAUGAAUGAUUUGAAGCUUGAGGGAAUGAAGGAACUGAAUGUGGUUACAAAUGAGAUGGUGAGGCUGAUUGAAACUGCUAGUGCCCCAAUUUUUGCAGUUGACAUAAAUGGUCUGGUUAAUGGCUGGAAUACCAAAAUUGCCGAAUUGACUGGUUUGUCAGUCGAACAAGUCAUGGGAAAGCACCUGCUCACUCUUAUUGAGGAUUGUUCUGUGGAACGUGUGAAAAGGAUGCUUUAUCUGGCUUUGAAUGGUGAAGAAGAGCAAGAAGUGCAAUUCCAGAUGAAAACACAUGGCCCUCAAUAUGAUAGCAACCCUGUAAUCUUGGUUGUGAAUGCUUGCUCUAGCAGGGAUCUGCAUGACAGUGUUGUUGGAGUGUGCUUCAUUGCCCAGGAUAUGACUGAGCAUAAGUUGGUGAUGGACAAAUUCACUCGUAUCCAAGGAGAUUAUAGAGCAAUAGUACAGAACCCUAGCCCAUUGAUACCCCCCAUUUUUGGGACAGAUGAGUUUGGCUGGUGUUCUGAAUGGAAUGCAGCAAUGACCAAGCUGUCUGGAUGGGAUAGGGAGGAUGUGGUUGAAAAAAUGCUGCUGGGUGAGGUUUUUGGCACACACAUGGCAUGUUGUCGGCUGAAAAAUCAUGACAUGUUUGUAAACCUUGGCAUUUUAAUUAACAAUGCAAUGGUGGGCCAGGAAGCAGAGAAGUUCCCUUUUGGCUUUUUUGGACGUGAUGGGAAGUAUGUCAACUGUUUGCUUUCUGUGAGCAAGAAACUUGACGGAAAGGGAUCAGUAACAGGAGUAUUUUGUUUCUUGCAACUUGCUAGUCAAGAGCUUCAAAAGGCAUUGCAUGUGCAGAGGUUAUCAGAAGAAACUGCUAUGAAAAAAUUGAAGGCAUUGUCAUACAUAAGGCAUGAAAUUCAAAAUCCUCUAUCUGGGAUCAUUUUCUCAACAGGAAUGCUAGAAGAUGCUGACUUACCGGAAGAGAAAAAGCCAUUUGUGGUUACGAGUAUUGAUUGCCAGCGUCAGCUUAGCAAGAUCCUAGAUGAUGUAGAUCUGCAGCGCAUGAUAGACGGCUGCUUGGAUUUGGAGAUGGUUGAGUUCACCCUUGAAGCUGUUCUGACAGCUGCAAUAAGCCAAGUUAUGCUCAGAAGCCAGGAAAAGGGCAUCCGGAUGAUUCAUGAUUAUGUGGAGCAGCCAGGUCUGAAAUGGUUGUAUGGGGAUAAUCUGAGGCUUCAACAAGUCUUUGCUAAUUUCUUGUCAAAUGCUGUGAAAUUCACCCCAAGGAAAGGCCUCAUAACAAUUUCAGUUAAUCUAUUGAAAGAUAGCCUGGGGAAAAGUGUUCAUCUUGUACAUUUGGAGCUCAGAAUCAUACAUUCUGGUCGUGGAAUUCCUGAGGAAUAUAUCAGGCAAAUGUUUGGAACUGAUCAGUGUGAGGUUGAGGACGCCAUUGGCUUGUCAAUAUGUCAUAAAAUACUGAAGCUAAUGAAUGGGGAUGUGCAGUAUCUUCGAGAAGCAGACAGGUGUUCUUUCAUUAUUUCCGCAGAACUUGCUCUUGUUCAGGAAGCUGUGAGGGCAUAAGGCACGGAGGGAAAGAGGAGACCUUUUUUUCUUUUUUUCCUUUUAGACUCGGGAGAUGCCAUGUAGAUACUAAUGUUAGCACUUUGAUUAGAUUUACGGGCUUCUCUUGACGACAUAAUCUCUUUGUUGUAUAUGAACCUGGUUAAUUUGCUAUUUCAUGAGCAUGCUUGCUCAUGUUCGGGUCCACUUUACUAAGAACGCGGUUGGCAUGAAUGCCCUUCUAGUUCGUUGCACUUACGUGGGUAAAUGUACUUGUCUCUGAUAUAACAAGUUUUUCAGGGCACAAUCUUCUGUACGUGUCAAACCUUGGUGAUUCUUCAGACUGCAAUAAGAAUUAGCACCCCAUUUUUUGCC